AGUCGUAGUUCGUCCUUCGCGACGAAUGCUCUGUCUCUAUUAGUUAGCUGGCAGCGGCCUUUUUCUCUUCACCGAUAGAUACAUCUCUCAUCGUACGAUAUAUUCCUAUUAAGACGUGAGCAGCUCUAUUGCUAAUCAAGAAAAAUGCCUUAUCGCGGCAAAUUGCGAUUACUCGGCAGAGCCUGUUUCGCAUUUAAAAACUCGUGCGCGGAUAAUAGCAACACUCAUUUCGUAGCCAGCGUUCUCGGCAGGAAUUUCUCUGUAAGCAGCGCGCUCGACAUGAGGUUUGUGCAAUUCGUCGGCAAGAAUGGGGGACCUCAGCACCUGGGGGUGCAGCUCAAACAGGGUGGAGAUAUAAUCGCCGUGUCCGCGGUCGACUCGCGGAUCCCGAACACUUUGAAAAAGUUCCUCGAAGGUGGCGACGAUCUAUUGAAGAAGGCUAAAAGGGAAGACGAUGUCGACCUGUGGGCCAUGAUAGAGAGGAUCGUGGCAGAGGGACGGAGCGUAAUACCGGAAGCUGAGGUGAAUUUCUUGGCGCCAGUUACACGGAUGGACAAGCUGGCAUGCGUCGGGCUCAACUAUAGCGGUCAUUGCGAAGAGCAAGGUGUAUCGACGCCAGAAACUCCUGUAGUUUUCAGCAAAUUCCCCAGCAACAUUAUCGGCCCGCGCGACAACAUUAUGCUACCCUCGAUUUCGGAUAAAGUCGACUGGGAGGCCGAGCUCGCGAUAGUAAUCGGCAGAAAGUGUAAAGCGCUGAAAAAUGACGAAGGCAAGGAUUAUAUUUUCGGUUAUACAGUGGCGCAAGACAUCACAGCGCGGGACUGGCAAAAGUCGAAGAGAAACGGCGGCCAGUUCCUGCUUGGUAAAGCCAUGGACACGUUCUGCCCUCUUGGACCGGCCGUGGUCACCAAAGAGUCGAUAGGCGACAUUAACAAUUUGACCGUGAAAACUUGGGUGAACGGCAACAUGAAACAGAAUGGGAACACCAGCGAACUGAUCUUUAAACCCCAUGAAAUCGUUGCCUACAUCUCGCAGUUCAUGACUCUGUUACCAGGAGACGUGAUUCUAACUGGGACACCUGCUGGAGUGGGUUUCACCCGUAAACCACCCGAGUACUUACAGCGUGGAGAUGUACUAGAGACGGAGAUAGAGAGCCUGGGACGUAUGAGAAACAAAGUUCUCUGAUCUGCUGCCAAGAGGAGACCAAUAGGAGCGGUUUGCUGUCCUGAAAUGUUUCAGGACGGGAAUAAUCCUCGGAACAUCGCGGACAAAUCGUGGUCUGUUCCGAACAGAUUCGAUGCACGAUCAUGAGAGGGCAAAGAGAAACGAUUCGAAACGAUUCCCAAAUAUAAAAAUCGGAAUAAGUUUACACCGACGGAAGUUCUUCCCGAAAGAAAUAUAAAACUAAAAGCCUAAAUGCAUUCACGCUACUGAAGCAGUGCUGCUACCAUACACACAAAUACAAACAUCUUCACACGCAUCACGGAUUCUGUGUACUUGUACAAUUAUUACAAGACUGUUUCUAAAGAAUAUCAAUUUACUAUAUGUGUCUUUUUUAUCGCGAUUGUUUUUUUUUACCAAUCUCUACGGAAUUCUAUUAAAAUAUUUUUAGAGGAA